UGGAGUAAGUUGGAUGUGCGCGCUCCUCACUCGCAUCCAGAAGCCGCCUCGAACACGGUUGCCAUGGGGAGGAUCGGGAAAAAGCACCUUUGGAUUUUUACUUUUUUAUCACUGCUGACUGUCGCCUGGGCUCAAAGCGUGAAGGAUAUUAAAGAUCCGAGCAACAUGCCUCUGGUAAAAGAGACGGUGGACAGGCUGAUGAAAGGAUACGACAUUCGGCUCAGGCCAGAUUUUGGAGGUGCGCCGGUGGCGGUGGGGAUGAACAUAGACAUCGCCAGCAUCGACAUGGUGUCUGAGGUCAACAUGGACUACACCUUGACUAUGUACUUCCAACAAGCAUGGCGGGACAAGCGGCUCUCCUACUCUGAGAUUGCCUACAACCUGACACUGGAUAACCGAGUAGCCGACCAGCUGUGGGUCCCCGACACCUACUUCCUGAAUGAUAAGAAGUCUUUUGUUCACGGUGUCACAGUCAAGAACAGGAUGAUACGUCUACACCCUGACGGGACGGUGCUCUAUGGACUCCGGAUCACUACAACUGCAGCCUGCAUGAUGGACCUGCGCCGCUAUCCUCUAGAUGAGCAAAACUGCACCCUGGAGAUUGAAAGCUAUGGGUACACCACCGAUGAUAUUGAGUUUUACUGGAGAGGUGGAGACGGUGCCGUGUCUGGAGUCGACAGAAUAGAGCUGCCGCAGUUCUCCAUUGUCGACUACAAGCUCAUCUCUAAAAACGUUGUCUUCUCGACAGGUUCCUACCCCCGCCUGUCUCUAAGUUUCAAACUGAAGAGGAACAUAGGUUACUUCAUCCUGCAGACAUACAUGCCUUCCAUCCUGAUUACCAUCCUCUCCUGGGUCUCCUUCUGGAUCAACUAUGAUGCAUCAGCUGCCAGAGUGGCUCUGGGGAUCACCACUGUGCUGACCAUGACCACCAUCAACACCCACUUGCGAGAGACACUCCCUAAGAUCCCCUACGUCAAGGCCAUUGACAUGUACCUGAUGGGCUGCUUCGUGUUUGUCUUCCUGGCUCUGUUGGAGUACGCCUUUGUCAACUACAUCUUCUUCGGACAGGGGCCUCAGCGGCAGAAGAAGGCGGCUGAGAAAGCAGCCACAGCCAAUAACGAGAAGCUGAGGCCAGAUCCGAACAAGUGGCUGGUGGGAAAUGUAGUUCAGAGAGAUGAUGCUCUGUAUGCCAGAAUGAAACAGAGGGAAAUUGACGCAUAUGACUCGAUGUGGGAUCCCAUCUUUGUGGACGAUGCUGCAUUAGGACUAGGCGAUCAAAGACAUAAGAUGACCCCCGACGACAACAUCCUGUUCAGCGCCAUGGAGAUGAAGAAUGAGAUGGGAGGCGCCGGCGAUUUGUCCCGGGGUCUUGGAGCACCCGGGGAUCCUCGUAACACCAUGCUGUCCUACGAUAGCUCGACGCUGCAGUACCGCAGGGCAGCCAUGGCCCGCCAGAACUAUGGCCACAGCGCUUUGGAGCGCCACGCCCAGAAAAAAUCCCGCCUACGGCGAAGGGCCUCCCAGCUUAAGGUGAACAUCCCAGACCUGUCCGAUGUGAACUCUAUCGAUAAGUGGUCCAGGAUGAUCUUCCCCACCGUCUUCUCCUUCUUCAACGUGGUCUACUGGCUCUACUACGUUCAUUAAAGCUGGCGGAGUCCGCCAGGCGACUUCUGUUCAGGAGAUGAAUGGGAUGGGGGGAGGAAAAGAAGAAUUUAGGAGGAAAAAAAAUCAAAGAUGACGCGUGUGAGAGAAUGUGAUAUUAAAAUGGGCUGACUUUUUUUAGCUGGUUCCAAUGAGACCACGUGAGGAAAGCGCAAAGACUUUUUUCUGAGAAGAACUGCAGCAGCACCCACUUCAGGCAACGGCGAUUCUUUUGAGAUUUGGGAAACACCUCAAAGCGACUGACAUGCACUCAAAAAAAGAAAGUUUCAAAAAGACAGAAACGGUGCCUGUUCCAGAAUUUCAAUAUAUCACUAAUAUUUGUCAUUCGUAGCUUACUCUCUGUGGAUCAAAUAUUUAUGCUUGUGUUUGCAUAUACUUUAAGGAUUUUUUUUGUUUAGUAUCUAUUUACUUCGUAGCUGAGCUGUCUGCAUCCAGGAAAGCUUUAUAAAUGAUUUAAAAGGAGUCAUCCUUGAUAGUCUAUUUUCCUAUAAUUACUGUAUAUCAAAAACAUCCUUUAAAAGCAUGCUUACGUUUGAUUUCAUUUGCAUCUCAGUCAUGAUGAUGGAGCGUAAAACAUUUUCGUUUCUUACUGAGUCUGUCAGUUGAAGUUUGCAGCUGUGGCUCCGCACACCUGGAUGGACGAUUUGAGGAUCCCCCUCGUGGAAACCGGUUGGACAACAACAAAGCUUUAAUGCUGACAAGACACAUGCUUGUGGUCCUUUUCCAUCAGCUGGAGGCAUUUGGUUUAAGCUUAAUUAUUUACUUUUGUUGUGCUAAAGGAAACAAAUCCACUAAACCGCCCGUGUUUCUGUUCGAGAAUUCUUUUGACUCUGUAUGUUCUGCCAUUGUAAGAAAAAAAAAAGGAGCGGACAGUGAUUUGAACACAGCUGGUUUAAGAACUUUUCUGCUUCGUUUGCAAAUGGAGUCGCCGCAUCCACAACAUGUCCAUCCACAACCAUUAUUAUUAGUAGAAAUGAAUGAUAGAAGUAUGAUCCGUUCAAUUGUGAUUAAGUUUCUGUUUUGAAAAGCUGUAGAUAAACAUGAAUCGUGUUUAAAGAAAAAGAAAUGAUUCAUUUUUAUAAAUCAAUACUCACAUUAUCGUGUAAAUACUAUGGAUUUAUUCAAUUUAAAUGGGUCUUUAUUGUUGUUUUUUGCAGGUCAAUUACAGCUCCAGUCUCUCAUUCAACAAAAAAAGAACAGAAAACUUUGACAAAGGAAAAAUUUAAACACAGAUCACAACUUUUCUGAUGGUACUUUUACCACUUUUUCUCUUUUAUUCUCAUUAUUUCUUUUUAAUGGACUCUAAAAGCAUCUACUUCCUGAAACUAAAGCACUUCCAAAUACCAGUGACUUUUGGGUCUACCUGUGGCUCCUUGAAGAAAAAAAAACUUAUCAAGGACCUCACAAUCCAGGCCUUGAAGUGAGUCAUAUUUUGUACAAAGUUUCUGUAAAUUCCAGUUCAUACUGACUUCAAAUAUCUUGUGUAAUGAUUGUCGGCAAUUAUGAAGAUGUAUCUAAAUUCAAUUAAAACUCAACUCAGUCUAUCACUUCAACUCCAGAGUAAA